GGCUGAGGGGAUUGGUAUUCUACCUGACACACGAAUCGAGGUGGCGUGUAGUUGCUAGUUGAGAUGAUCCAUCCAUUGAUCCCUUGCAGCUGAGCUCUUGAAGCACGGCAACGGUGCGCAACCAUACGAACCGAAUCCUGGGCCGUUGGCCGUUGAUGUCACGGACAUUCGUGUCCUGGUUGCCAUGUCUCAAUUAUGUGGUGAGGCUUGGAAAGGGCUCAUGGGGUCCAGACCAUCAGAUGCUGGAGGCAUUCUGCUGUCUCAUCCAUGGGAAAAGUAUGAUUCUCACGGGGGAGGACGAAGUGGCAAUGUUGAAGAAAAUUCCGUCGAUGAUCACCAGAGAGUCAAACCAAAAUCCAGUCUCCUGGCCGCGCGUGUUGCUGAUCUUUCCGACGGAUCGUCAAGAAAUCCCUCUGGUGGCGAGGAUAGCUGUAAGUCGGCCUUGGUUGUCAACUUGGUAGGUAGUACGGUGCAUAUUGAGGGUGCAAUGGUUGCUACUAAGGGAUGGUGGCUGGCGUUGCGGACCAUCUUGGCAGGUCGAUUGUUUACAGGACAUUGGUUAUUUGGUUUGGGGUGCAGGACGGCCACCAAUGAAGUGACGGAGCUGGUGCAGGAAGAGGCAAAGGGCUGUACUGCAUCUACAUUAGGCGGUUUGAUCUUGCCCCCUCUCGGAAUUCCCUUCUGGGGAGGGGUCCACACAGCCCCCGGGCCGUGUACCUGAUAUGAUGAAAGGAAGUAUGCAAUUCGGCUGCGCAGUUGCGAAAGAUGGCGUCACUGAGACGUUCUUCGCUUCAGUCUUGGAUUCCGCGCGUGCUUGCUUUUGGGGGCGUAAAGCUUCCAGAAC